UACAAAAAAACAAAAAAGCCUUAGUUAUCACAUCUCUUUUAUUUUUUAAAUAAAAAAAUGAAGAGUAUGAAAAUAUGCACCUUUACUACCUUGAUGAUUGUAAUAGUGUUUUGUGUGUUGUGUUCAAGUUUUGAAAGUUGUAGUGCCAUAAGAGGCUAUAACCACCAUUUUAGGAAACUAAAAGCUACAUCAUCAGCUGCCUCCCCCUCUUCUUCCAAUGAUAACAAUACUUUCAAUGUAUUAGACUAUGGUGCUAAAGGAGAUGGUAAAGCAGAUGACACAAAGGCUUUUGAAGAUGCAUGGGCUGAUACUUGCAAAACAGAGGGAUCAACGAUGAUUGUUCCUUCUGGUUCUGAAUUUUUGGUGAAACCAAUCUCUUUCUCAGGCCCUAAUUGUGAGCAAAACAUUGUUUUUCAGCUUGAUGGCAAAAUCAUUGCGCCUACAGACUCUGAAUCUUGGGGCUCUGGCACCUUGCAAUGGAUGGAGUUCACAAAGCUUAAUAAAAUUACAAUAAAGGGUAAAGGUGUCAUUGAUGGUCAAGGCUCUGUUUGGUGGAAUAAUAAUGACUCACCAACUUACAUUCCCACAGAAGAAGAAUCAACCACAUCAUCACAAUAUUCGGUUCAAGCAAGCAACGAAAACCUACCAAGUCAAAAACCAACAGCACUUAGGUUUUACGGAAGUGAUGGUGUAACAGUGGCAGGCAUAACAAUUCAGAAUAGUCAACAAACGCAUCUAAAGUUUGAUUCAUGCUCAAAUGUUCAAGUUUUUGAUAUCAAUGUUUUAUCACCUGCUGAUAGCCCUAACACUGAUGGAAUUCACUUGCGAAAUUCCCAAACUGUCCUCAUUUAUAGUAGUACUCUUGCUUGUGGAGAUGAUUGUGUGUCUAUACAAAAUGGAUGCUCCAACAUAUUGAUACACGACCUCAGUUGUGGACCAAGUCAUGGUAUCAGUAUUGGAGGCCUUGGAAAAGAUGGCACCAAGGCUUGUGUUUCAAACGUCACUGUUCGAGACACUUCUCUCCAAAAUAGUCUCACUGCUGUUAGGAUUAAGACAUGGCAGGGUGGAUCUGGUUCAGUCCAAGAUGUUAUGUUCUCCAACAUCCAAGUUUCAGAUGUUGAGACUCCCAUAAUGAUUGACCAAUACUAUUGUGAUGGUGGCAAAUGCAAGAAUGACACGUCAUCAGUGGCAGUAUCAGCCAUACACUAUGUUAACAUCAAAGGAACAUACACAAAGGAGCCUCUUCACUUUGCAUGCAGUGAUAACAUACCAUGCACUGGCUUAACUCUUGAUACUAUUAACUUACAAGAAUCAACAACUCAAAAUGCUAAGAGUGAUUCUCCUUUUUGUUGGCAAGCUUAUGGAGAAUUGAAGACUAAAACUGUUCCUCCUGUUACUUGUCUUGACAGUGGCAACCCACCAAACAAGGGAAUCAAUUCCAACAGUGAUUCUUGCUAACUGAAUAAUUGAAAAUAGUUUGUUAAUUUGGACAAAAUGGUAUUUACACCAUGUGUUGUUUAUGUGUAUUAAUUUUUAAGUUAACAUUUUGUCCAUAUUAACAAUUAUUUUAAAACAGAAAUUGUAUACAA